AUGGAUCAAGUUGAUGCCCUCUUGGAAGCAUUCAAUCUUGUUGGCAUCUCAGCAUCAGAGUUCCUCAUUGAAUUGCUAACUAAUUUCCAUUACACCACCCAUGAGAAUACAAUCAAUCUAAGAUCAUGCAGCCCGUGCAUCAUCAAGCUUCUCACAGGACACCCAGAAGCUUCUACAGGAGGUGCACUGAAGUGGGCUAGUGAUAUCAUGAAACAUAGGUGUGCACUGGAGAUUCAAGAACUAUCAGCAAAGAAAUCUGGCUACCAUUUUUCAGUCUUGCAUGCAUCUAUAGAACAACUUGAAGAAUUUGACAUCAAAGAGUUAGGUGGAGGGAUGCAACAAUGUGCACUAUUCUUGUGGGAUAUGCUUGAUGUCCUUCUUUUGGCAAGGAGAAGUAGCAAUUGGAGAGAUGCGCACAAGAGUUUGGAUGACCUUGAAGGCAAUGAUGAUGAUGAAGCUCAGUAUUGGGAGGAAUUGGGUGAUCUAGAGCUGGAGGAAGUGAUGGAAGGCCUUGCACCUGACAUGAAACAGAAUAGGAUGAUAGCACACAAAAAUAAAUUGAUUAUGAUUAAAAGGUUAUCAUUCUCAGUAUCUUGA